UUUUUGAUGUGUGUGUUUUGUUGUUAUGAUCUCAUUUUUAGGAUUUUAAAUAGUUUUUUUUAAAUUUUAUAAAUAUUUAUCUUUUAAUUAAAUUAAAACAUGUUGGCUGAACGUAAACAAAAAGUUAUUUAUUCGAAUCCACGUGGAACAUUAUGGGCAAAUGAUAAACAAAAAUUUGGUCAACGAAUGCUCGAAUCGAUGGGCUGGCAAGAAGGUCAAGGAUUAGGUAAAGAUCAGACAGGCAUUACGGAAAGUAUUAAGCCUAGUUUUAAGUUCGACAAUAAAGGUUUUGGUUAUAAGUCUAAAUCAAAUGAUUGGAUUGAAGAUAAUAAUGUCUAUGAACAAAUAUUGUCCGAUCUAUCCAAAUAUCAUAAAACGAACACUAAUUCAAAAGGGAAACAAAAUGAAAUCAAAGAUCUUGAGAAGAAGACCCAAUCCAGUAAUCGUUUACAUUAUAAGAAAUUUUUAAGAGCGAAAAAUUUAUCAAUCAAAUCCGAACAAGAUCUUUACUGUAUAUUUCCAACCAAAGAUAAACAGAAAACAAAUUCUAAUCAUUCUGAUGAUGAAAAACCAACAAUGAUCAAAAGUCAACUAUCCAUUCGGGAUUAUCUGGAACAAAAAAUGAAACGUAAAUCAAAAUCAAUCAAAAUCAUUGCAAAUUUUAAUGAAUCUAAUGAUGUUGAUGAUGAUGAUGAUGAUGAUGAUGAACAUACAAUCUGUUUACGCAGCGAUCAUUGUGAUAAUGAUAGCCUGAAAAAACGAAAAAUGAUGAAAAUAACUUCUUAUGAACAACAUUACAAUAAUGAUGAUCCUUUGUGUUUAGCCGAAAAUGAUGAUGAUGAUGAUGACUACAAAGCAAAAAAUUUGACUAAAAAACGACGAAAGAAAAACUAAUCAAAUUUCGUAAUUUAUUGUAGCAUGAACAAAAUUAUUGCAUUUCAUUUGAGAUACAUUGGGGAGGUUGUUUGUUUUGAAUAAUUAAAAAAACGAAAUUCAAAUUGGCGAUUAAAAUUGUUUUUUUAUAUUGUGCCAUUUCAUUUUGACAAAAA